AAGUUGGUUUAUAAUAUACUCUACUGUUCUAUUUUAUUGAUCUAAUUUGAGUGGCGUAACUUUCAGGGAAUGAAUGGCGAGCAGAGAGUCUCAGCUUCUGCGUCGCCACUUCGAUUAUGGCGGUGCUCCGGUGCCACUGGUUUCUAGAAGGAGUUUGAGGUUCCCAUUUUGGAAUUCAGUGCAUGCUAAUACCGAUCCUAAUCCAAAGAAUCAUCUAAGUCUAAGAGUGAAGAUGCAAGCGCAAGCAGAAACGGUGAUGAAACCCGUUUCUGACAACAAAAUCCCACACGUGCUAACUGUUGCUGGGUCUGAUUCUGGGGGUGGUGCCGGAAUCCAAGCUGAUCUCAAGGCUUGUGCUGCACGCCGGGUUUACUGUUCCACUGUCAUUACUGCUGUCACUGCACAGAACACAGUUGGGGUUCAGGGUGUGAACAUUGUACCUGAGGAUUUUGUGGCAGAGCAGUUGCAGUCUGUGCUUUCUGAUAUGCAUGUUGAUGUGGUCAAGACAGGCAUGCUUCCUUCUCUUAAUAUAGUUAAGGUUCUCUGUCAGAUCCUUAGGAAAUUUCCAGUCAAAGCUCUCGUGGUUGAUCCUGUCAUGAAAUCUUCCAGUGGGGAUGUACUUGCUGGUUCCUCUGUUCUAGCUGGAUUUCUGGAGGAGCUGCUUCCCAUGUCUGACAUUGUAACCCCAAAUAUAAAAGAGGCAUCAGUUUUACUUGGAGGUGUGCCACUGAAAUCAGUGUCUGACAUGCGUACUGCUGCCAAAUUGAUACAUGAUAUGGGCCCUAGGAAUGUACUCGUCAAGGGUGGUGACCUUCCUAAUUCGUUAGAUUCUGUUGAUGUAUUCUUUGAUGGUGAGGAGUUCUACGAGCUUUGUUCACCACGUGUAAAUACUCGCAAUAGUCAUGGUACUGGUUGUACCUUGGCGUCAUGCAUAGCAGCAGAGCUGGCAAAAGGUUCUUCAAUGCUUUAUGCAGUUCAGACAGCCAAACAUUAUAUUGACGCUGCCUUGGAUUAUAGUAGAGACCUGGCAAUUGGAAAUGGAGUUCAAGGACCUCUUGACCAUUUUUUUGAACUUAAGAAUAUCAAUCACAGUUCUUGGAGGCAGAAUAUGUUCAAUCCAAAAGACUUGCUUUUAUAUGCUGUAACGGAUUCAGGUAUGAAUAGGAAGUGGGGCCGUUCUAUUGCUGAAGCUGUUAAGGCUGCUGUAGAAGGAGGUGCUACCAUUGUUCAAUUAAGGGAAAAGGAUGCUGAGACACGGGAUUUUCUUGAUGCUUCCAAAGUAUGCCUUGAAAUAUGCCGUUCCUAUGGAGUACCAUUACUGAUAAAUGAUCGUUUAGAUGUGGCCCUUGCUUGUGAUGCUGAUGGUGUUCAUGUUGGUCAGUCUGACAUGCCAGUACGUCUUGCAAGAAGCCUACUUGGUCCUGAAAAGAUAAUUGGUGUCUCAUGCAAGACGCCUGAGCAAGCCCACCAAGCAUGGAUUGAUGGGGCUGAUUACAUUGGUUGUGGUGGUGUAUAUCCCACUAAUACAAAAGAAAAUAACCGUACUAUAGGCUUAGAUGGCUUGAAGCAAGUGUGUCAGGCCUCUAAACUUCCUGUGGUAGCAAUUGGUGGCAUAGGUCUGUCAAAUGCACGUGCGGUCAUGGAAAUUGGUGAACCAAAUCUGAAAGGGGUUGCUGUUGUGUCUUCUCUUUUUGACAGGGAAAGCAUUUUGUCUGAGACAAGAAACUUGCACGCCUUAGUAAGUCAGGAAGCACUAUUGGUACAAUGAAUAUGCCCAAAUGAUACAACAGUUAGGUUGCUUUUCACCUAGGAUGGAAAUAUGCGACUGCUGAUUUUUUAUGCGACAUGCUGAACUUAAAAAAUUCAAAUAAGGGAAUUUAUGUGAUGCUAAACAAUCGUGGGUGACAAGACAAAAUUUAAUUGGAGGUUCAUUCAUUUGCCUUUAUUGGA